AUGAGUGGCAAUAGUGAUACCAAUACCAGCAAAGAUGCAGGAGAAGUAGACCCAUCUUCAUUUGCUAGUAUUUUGGCAGGUGUCAAACGAAUGAGAGAAGAGUACGGUGCUGGCGGAGAUAGAGCAAGCAGCGAUGAUGUAGGCAAAGAACAGGCAGCUGCUCAACACGAGUAUACUUCAGAAAGCAUUAAGAAACAGAAGCCCUCAACUGAGAUAACUACUGCCCGGCAUGUAUUAGAGUCACAAAGCAAAAGCAUUAUUGAUGUGGCAGCACUGCGAACUACAUUGGACAAGCCCACAGCCAAGCCAGUGCCACCCACACCAUCAUCGCAUGGACAACAACGACAAAUUUCAAAUAGAACAUCAUCACAUGAACCACCUCUAACGCAAAAUAAAUCUGACGCAUCGCCCAUCAAUGAUGUUGCCCCUCGAUCAGUGAGACAGCGGCAACAAAGCUCUCGACCCAUUGGCCCAGCUGAAAUUUUAGUUCAUAAAUCGCAGGAAAAGAACCCCUUGCUUAGUGACUCAAUGAUGAAGACCACGCCCUGGGUCUUUGACUCACUGAUCCUUUCGGACUAUUAUAUCAACCCAACUUUUCAAAUCUUGUUUCUUUCAUUGAAAUAUCACAAAUUGCGACCAGAAUAUAUCUGGACGCGUUUAAAAAAACUCCACAAAGGAUCUUCAGUCAUUGAGAAUAGAAACGACAAAGUGUUACGCGUCUUGCUUGUUGUGGUCGACAUUGAUUCCCACCAGGAACCACUACGUAAGCUUUCAGAUUUUUGCAUUAAACAUGACCUUUCACUAAUGCUAGCUUGGUCAUUUGAAGAGGCAGGUAAUUACAUUGCUUUGGGCAAGCAUUUUGAUAAUGCACCACAAAAGUCAAAAGAUAGUAUUAAAGGUUUUAGAGGUGCAGAUUAUAAUUCAAGUGUUGUCGAGGCAUUCACUACUGUUAAAGCUGUCAACAAGACGGAUGUAUCCAACUUACUUGCCAACUACAAAUCUGUAAAAGAAAUAAUUUUGCAAUGCUGUAGAGACGAAGAAGGUUUUGGGGCCGGCGCCGCAACUAGUAGCAAUAACAAAAGCAGUAACACAAAUGUAGGGUUGGCAAAUAUAGCUGGUUUAGGUUCGGUCAAGCGCCAGAAUUUAAAGCAAAUGUUUCUGGAACCAUUUAUUUUCAACAAGAAUUACGACAACAAAUAA